AUGGUCUUUAACUCUUCUGAAAGAGUUUUACCUCCAAUAAUGACUCUCGGAACAUCAUCUCAAAUUUCAGAAAAUGCUACAACUAUUUUACCACCUGUAUCAUGUCUCGCUCCUGAAAUGUCAUCCCUUUCCCCUACUGCGGACUUUUCUAAUCCUCCGCAUGAAAUUAACCGGAUGACAUCAUCAUCAUCAUCAUCUAUGCGUGUUCCUGGUUCAUAUAUUUAUUCAGCUCCAACAACAUCACCAUCAUCUACUUUAACAUAUCCUCCAACGACAUCAUCCUCUGAAUGGAAAUUUAUUCUUGCUUCUGCGUCUCAAAUUACGAUGACCGCACCUCCGCAAAUUCCUUCACAGAUGCCCUCACAGAUGCCUUCACAGAUGCCCUCACAAAUGCCUUCACGAAUUCCUUCACAAAUUUCAUCUUCGCGUUCAAAUGAUCACCAUAAUUUUACGAAACCAAUACAUUAUCAUCCUUAUAUUGAUCCCGCAUCCGAAUUGUUAGCAGAAAAGAGACGACGAAAUGCUGGUGCAUCAGCGCGUUUUCGUGAUCGAAGAAAGCAACGUGAAAGAGAAAUGAAGGACAAAUGUCAAUUUUUGGAACGAAGAGUUCAAGAGUUAGAAAGUAUGAAUAAUGUUAAGCGAGUUAUUGAAUUGGAAAAGAAAUUGGAAGAAGAAAACGAAGAAAAGAUUGCUUCUCAAACAAAAAUACGAGAAUUAGAGAGACACAAUCAAAAAUUACGUUCAAAAUUAUGUGCACAAGAGGAAGUGGAAUUUCUCACCCCUCCUCCAUCUGCCGUUGGAGAUGACUUUGAAAAUUCGUUCAGAAUAUCAAGAUCAUCUUCAACAAUUUCAAUGCCAUCGAUUGAGUGCCCACGUAAAUCGAUUGAUGUUAAAUCACUUUUAUUGUAG